UGACGAAGAUAAAGAAGCUAAGAUCAGUGAGUCAGCCACCGGUCCGCCGUCACAUCCACCGGCCGGAAUCAAAAAAACAUGCUUUUCUCCUCCUCCUCUCCCCUCGUAUCCCUUUCAGUAUUGGUACUUCAUUUCUCAUUGACAUUCGAUAUUCAUACAUUGGGACCAGUUUCCAUUUCGAGAUUGCGUUCGCUUUGCGGUGAUCUGACAAUGGCUUCUCACGCUUGUGGCUCGCCCUUCUCUUCGUCUCACACCCUCUCCUUCGCAAACCCUAAGCCCUCGUCGUUGCCUUCCCUCUUUCGACUUCGGCCCAAAACUGGCACCGGGAUUCGGAACUCUCAUCUCCGUCCGAGAGUCUCGUGCCGCCGUGAACCCGAAGCUGCUGUUGUCACGGGGAAGAAGUGGGACGAGUUGAUUUUGAAGAGUGAACUCCCUGUUCUGGUCGAGUUUUAUGCUAGUUGGUGUGGACCCUGCAGAAUGGUUCGCCGUGUGAUUGAUGAGCUCGCAACAGAGUAUGCCGGGAAACUGAAAUGCUUCAUACUCAUGGCAGACGAUGACUUGCAAAUUGCAGACAACUAUGAUAUCAAGGCUGUUCCAGUGGUUUUGCUGUUCAAGAAUGGGGAGAAACAUCAAUCUGUGGUCGGUACCAUGCCCAAGGAGUUCUAUGUGGCCGCCAUCGAGAAGGUCCUGGUCUCAUAGCUGUGAUCAGACUCAACAAAAUCCCAAUUAGUCGGAUCAAAUUUGUCACCUGCCCCUCAUUUCUUAGAAGAAGCAGCCGGUGCCUUUACACAUUCAUAUAUUUGUACAUUUCUUGAAUUAUUUGGCUCAGUUUAUGUAUGAACAAUGUAAGUUUGUUUAAAACUUAAAAAAGGGUAUUUGAUUUGAUGCUGCUUUCUUGAUCUCUCAA